UUUUUGCGUGUGGUAUGCGCAGAGGCACUUUUUCACUGAUAGGAGGUCAUCUAGCACGAUCUAGCACAUCUUGGACAAGCUUGAAAGGAGUGACAAAUACUAUAUCAAUAUAUCUGUACUUACAUUUAUWGUAUGAAAAAAUAGAUUCAAGAAAAAAAAAGCCUUUAAAGAGAAAAGAAAUUAGUGAUUUAGGAAGUAGUGCCCAGACCUCUUCUUUGGUGUUAUUAGUACAGGAAGCACUUGGAGUGCGAUGCAGCGGAUUUCAAUCAACCCAUGAGUGACCAUUGAGGUCGUUUUAUCGAUAAAUACACCAAAGGCGGUUCACAUCUUUGUGGCAAUGAUUCAUUGUAGAUGAGGUUUUGAUUUCGUUUUCCUUCAAGAGACAUGGCAAAUAUCAGGGCCUUGUUUGUUUUCCUUGUCCUUGUGGUGGGCUUUGUAGUCGCCUUUGUGUUGAAAAGCCAGAUUUAUGGAUUACAAGGCAGUGCCAAAAAGAAAAUAACAAAACACUCAAAUCUAAUAAGAAAGAUAAAAAAGUUCUUAAAACCUGCACUUAAAGGGAAGAAAUUCCGUACAACAUAUUCAUGCUCUCAUACCUGGGAAGACAAAUACAUCAAUCUUCACAAAGAAAUCCUUCAGUCAAAACRACCUCCUAGUUAUUUGGUAUUCGAUUGCGGHGGCAUUGGUUAUGGGUGUGGUGGCUAUGGCAACAGAAUGGGUGCAAUAUCUGCAAUUUUCCUAUUGGCUGUGCUUACAAAUAGAGCUUUUCUUYUGGACUGGAGGGGUAAUGUCACCAUUUUGGAUUACAUGCAGCCAAAGAACAUUAACUGGGACUACAGCAAGGCAAAACUGAAAGGAUUGACGUCAAGACAUCACAUGUGGGGAAAAGGGUUUCACAAGAAUCUACCSAUUGAUACAGUACGAUUUCAAGGCACAAAAAAUGAGAAUUUUCUGGCAUGGUUUGAAAGRACAAAUUUCAUGAAGUUUUUCACCCAUCAAGUAGAAAGGAUUACUAGUCAGUGGUAUUUUAUAACAUCCAUGUGGAAAAAUAAUAUAUUUUGGGAAAAGUCUAGAAAGGUUGCACCUAAAUUACGRAACCAUAAGUAUUCUUUCAUUGGCUGUGCUUAUAAUUUUUUAUUCAAGAGAACACAAAGAUUYGAAAAACUCUUGCAGGACGCAAGACAAAAUUUAAACUGGAAAACCCCAGUCCUUCGCAUUGGAAUUCACUUCAGGGCUGGAGAUUUUUCUUUCAAAGGCAGCAAAUCCGAUUCUUCUGUGUUUGUGCAUGUAGAAAAAUACUUUCACUGUGCAAAAAGACUUGAAAAACUUCUCAAAAAGUUAGCUCCUUCAUUAGAUGUGUCUUCACUGAGAUGGUUUCUUGCAACAGACAACAUCAAAGUGAAGCAAUAUGCUAAAAAGAAGUACCCAAGCAAAGUAAUAACCUUGGGUAUCCAGGUUGAACAUAUCUCGCACAAAGAGCCAUCGCGUGCUGGGCUGGAAGGAGUGUUGUUGGACAAUGUCYUGUUAUCAGAGUGUAAUUUUCUGAUUAUGUCAGACAGUACAUUUAGUAAUACUGCUCUUGGAAUGGGUUUGCACUCUUCAUUGUUGAACAGCAAAGGRGAUAAUUGUAUCUACUAAUUCAAGAAUCUCUCUGCUAGAUGGAGUCUAUCAUUUUUAUUAACUAGUCAUAACACUAUUUAUAUAGUCAGAUGCAACAAAGGUGGACAAGUUUAGGUGUACGCCAAGAACACUGCUCCAAGCAACAAGCUUUGUUCAAGAAUGUUUUGAUUUACACUGUGAAAAACAGUUUCCUUAGUUUAAUCAUUUGCCUUUUAUUCCACAAUAGUCAAAACAACAGACUGUAUUAUCCGGACUCUUUACACAAAAGAAAAAGGGGUUUUUCUUAAGARUACAUAGCUUUUUUCAUAAACAUCAGGAAAGCCAUACAUAAUGAAAAAAAGAUGAAAGAAACAUGUAUUUUCAAUGGAAUUCAACAAAUAUCUSAACAUUAAAAACCUUUCUUCAGCUACACCAGAAGGCACAAAACCACAUCAUGACCUUCAAGAUAUGUUCUAACCAAAGUUACAGUUAAUUUGUAUUCCAAACAAACUCAGAGACUCUGUAUUUUUCCCUCAAGAGUUCUUUAUUUUCAUGCAACUCUCAUGUACUUGAUGACAUGUGCACUUGACCAUGUGGUCAUAUGGAAAUAAAUACUCUGGAAUAGUCGAGUUUCGCGAUCUCUUUUACGCUGUGUUAAGCCUCAAUUGUGUGCUAAAAUAUUCAGAAAUGUAGAUAAAACUCGUGAGAUUUCAAACUAUUUCCAUUGUCUUCUAUACUCACAGAUCUCUUGCAUUUGCACGGGCUGUUGUGAAUAAAAGAAUUUAUUACAUGGUUUUGAGGCUAACACAGCGUAAAAGAGAUCGCUAAAAGGGUUUAUUAUAACCUUAGGUUGUUAUUAUUAUAUUAUGUUAUUCUUAUAGGUCAGUUUUACAUGAACAAAAAGGAUUUGACAAGAUAUUUAAUUCUCCUGUMAGUUGUUUUGUGAAUAUGCAUGCAUACACAAGUAUACUCUCCAAAUCUACAACAAAAUUGAAUAAUACUUGUCUACCUUGAACAAGAAUUCUACUCAUUGAUAAUAUAUUAAGUUAUCGCUAAACAGUAAUACAAACACGGGAUUGUCUGACAUCAGUAUAACUAUAAAUUAUGUGGWUUCUACACAGUAGUUGUACACACAUUUAAAUACAAUGUAAUUUGCUCUUAUGAAUGGCUAAGAUUUUGAAACAAGGUUUUGYAGUUAUGGUU